CUUUGCACAUUUUCCUUUGUUCCAAGGCAUUCUUUCUUUCGACUCUUGUCCAAACUUACAGUCGUUACCAGUGGAUCCUACACCAGCGUCAUAUGAUCACAGUAACAGAUAACUCCCAGGCUACACGUAGCAAGGACUGAAUGAUUAUACGAAAGGCGGGAUCUUGGGUUUACAUAAACCAUGCUCACAAUGCCCCAAUGUCCUCAACAACCUGGAGUCCUUCCUCGCAGAAAAACCAAACCCCGAGAGAUUCCGUGUCUUCGUGGCCAGUCAAGCAGACCCUAAUGUUAUCCCAGUCAGACUGCUGCAGAAUUCCAUUAAAGCUGUAGUGGGCACACCAAAGAUCAGAAAUUUUUUCUAAACUAACAGCCUUUUGAAAUGAAUUAGUAAAUUUAGAAAUAAGUAAUAAACUUUUAAGAAAUCUGCACUACUUGUAAAUACAGAAAAAUUCUUUAAAUUGUGACUUCCUUCUUUAGAAAUGAACCAUUUAGAUUUUACAGUAAAACUUGUCUAAUCUGAACACCACCUGAGUGGCCUGUAAUGCUACACAAUUUGUGUUCCUCCAUGUUGCUAUUCAGCUGAGGGCCAGGUUUGGUCAGGAAGGGUAGAACUGUUCUCAGGACUUCUACAGUAUUGAUUACAACUGUCUGCAGGAGGCCCUGGCAAUAGUCCAGACUGAUUUUAAGGAACCACUGAACUGUGUGGCUCCAGAUGGAUCCCAGAUGCCAAGACCUGUCUCUUACAAUGGCAUUAGAUACAUGGUUGCAGAGAUUGUGUAUGGUGGCUAUGUGACAGAUUUCUAUGACCAGCAAAGUCUAUGUGCCUUGGUGGACUUCUGGCUGUCCUCUGGAGCCCUCAAGAGGGACUUUGAAGUCAAAGUGAAGUACCGCCACCCACAAGCCUUUUUUAACCUCAAUGUGCGACUGAACACACUUAUCCAGGCACUGGAUGGUGCUCCUAAUCAAUAUCUUGAUGUUCCGGAGGGCUGCCAUAUUCACCAGACCGUAGUGGACGAACUUAGUGCGACUUUAUUGGGAGAUGACCAGUAUGUCUUCACCAGACUAAACAAAGUUUUUGACAGCAUGCCGUCCACCAAUACCUUAUCCCACAAGAUGUUUCCUCGACCUCCCACACCAUUUGAUGGUAAGUUACAGGGAACCAUCUCCCACACCAUUUGA